ACAGAGGCUACAGAGGUUUGCGGCCUUGAGGUAUAAUUAUGGUUGGUCUUUUUUGUGAUUAUUAUUUUAUGUUGUGAAAUGAUUCAGUUGUAGACUGCUACUAGCCGAUAAUGGAUCCUGAUGUUGUGAAACGGACACAAGAUACGUUAGGAAGAGUUAUUAAGAAGCCUCCUAUGACCGAAAAACUGCUCAAUAAACCGCCGUUUCGUUUCCUUCACGACAUCGUAACUGAGGUUAUAAAGACCAAUGGAUUCUUCAAGGGUUUAUAUCAAAAUGCCGAGAUGAACUCGGCAAAUGUCAAGGAAAAAGAUGCUAAGAUUUCCUUUCUCCAAAAGGCAAUUGACUGUCUGGUUUUUGCUACUGGCGAAUCUUUGAGCGUAAGACCUUCCAAAGUAGUCGCAGGUCAUGAACCAGAAAAGACCAAUGAAUUCUUACAGUUGAUAGGAAAGGCCUGUUUAAAAAAGCUUGAUAGUAAGGACUCUGUGAAAAAAGUGCUGGCGGGAGAAAAGCCUGGCGUAGGAUCAACAAUUAAAAAGAAGGAGUCGAAAUCAGGAAAAGAAAGAGUGAGUGAAAAAGAAAACCGAGUCAAAGAAUCAGAGAGCAAAAAAGAUAAAAUUAACGAGGAUGAUGGUAGAAAGAGGAAGUCGAGUUCUGGUCGUUUAAACAGUAGUGACACGAGAAUACGUAGUGAGGCCGUGUCCGACGGUAAGAAUCACGUGGAAUCAAAGGAAAGUUUCAGAGGUCGAUCAAAAGAAAGAGAUCGAAAAAAAGAAAGAAGCAGUAACAAACAAGAUCUUCUCAAAGAACAGGCACAUGAAGUAAACGAAGAAAACAGUGCAAAUAAAAUUGAAAAUGACUCUACUGAUGCAGUGGAUGGUGAGGUUGAUUCACAAAAUAGAAGUAUUCCACGUCCUUCGUCUGCCAAAGGCCAAAGACGAAGACCAAAUGAUGAAUCAGAGGAGCAAAUACCGUUGAAAAAUAACGAUGAAAUAAAUGGUGUACUUGAUUCCAAAGACGUUCCUAACGAAGAACCUGAAUUGCCAAAAACGAAGCGAAAAUUAGCCAGACCGAGUAGUGCGCGUCCUGCACCACCGCGUAAAAAACGACAAUCUGAAGAACAAGAUGAAAGUUUAGACAAAGUCGCUUCAUCAUCCCAAGUUAUCAAUGUUAUUGUGGACAACAAUAAGGAUGAUGACGGAGAUGAUACGUUCUUAGUUGAAGAGGCUCCAGAUGUUUCACAUGAUGUACUCCAUAAUGAAGACGAGGAACCGAUGGUAAAUGAAAAGGAAGAUGAACACGGUGCUCUUGUCAAGAAAAUGUUGGAAACCAAAAAGGAAUUGGAAAAUGACAAACAUUCUAAAGCGGAAACUACGUCGAGACCAGUAAUCAGUGAUGCUCAUCGUCGAAAGCAGCGCGAGCAUGCACAAAAAGAGAUUGAAAAAUUACGUGAAAGUAUUCAAACGUUGUGUCGUAGUGCCAAUCCAUUAGGUAAAAUUAUGGAUUACAUCCAGGAAGAUAUGGAUAGCAUGCAAAAAGAAUUAGAAAUGUGGAAGGAAGAAAAUAAAGAACAUCAAAUAGCUUUAAGAAGAGAGCAAAGUAUUACCGAACGCGAAGUUGAGCCUUUAAAAGUGUAUUUAUUUGAAAUGGAAGCCGAGGUAAACGAAAUGUUUGAAAAAAUCGGCACAGUGAAAUGUAAUAUUCUUCGAAACGAGGAGAAAAUUGAGCAGUUGCUCAGUGGAGUGGCAGUCUAAAGAGUAAUAGUUAUAACAUACUGUUGCAUAAAUAAAUAUGUUCAAUUCCUAAUUUCACUCGACUGAAUUAAUAUCAUAUGUAAAGCUGAAUAUGCUUGUUAUUCUCAAAUUUCCACUUUGUGAUAAUUGCAUACUUGUACAUAUAUUUAGAUAUGACUCACUUGAGAAUUGCUCGUUUAUUAUUGUUGUACAGUUAAUAAAUUGUUGAAAAUUUUGUUGAAACAACCGAA